AUGUCUUCUCUAGAGGGAAAAAGAAUUGCCAUUACAGGUGCGGCGAGUGGCAUUGGGCUGGCCACUGCUCAGCUACUGGCCAGUCGCGGCGCGGUGCUAUCAUUAUCGGAUGUCAACCAAGACAGCCUCCAGAAAGCCGUAGACUCACUACCAGGCAAGGGCCAUUUUACCACCGUUGUCGAUGUCCGGGAUAGUACCAAGGUGACCGAAUGGAUCAAAACCACGGCGGAGCGUCUUGGUGGUCUGGACGGUGCGGCCAAUGUUGCUGGCGUCGAACGGGAAGGAGGUCGCCAUCUCGCCGAGUCGCGCGACGAAGAUUGGGAUUUCGUCAUGGGCAUCAAUGGUGCCGGAGUGUUUUACUCCAUGAGGGCAGAGCUGCAGCAGAUGCUGAAGAGCGGAGGAGGGUCAAUUGUAAACGUCUCGAGCGUGGCAGGAUUUAUUGGGCUCGCCGAUACUGGAAUCUACAACGCCAGCAAACACGCCGUUCGAGGUCUGACAAGGACAGCAGCUCGGGAGUAUGGAUCCCAUGGUAUCAGAGUCAACGCGGUGGCACCAGGCGUUAUCAGGACACCCUUGGUCAAGGCAAUGGAAACCGGGUUCAGAAAUGGACCUGUUACCACGAAGAUGCAGGCAAUAGACCGCCAGGCUGAUCCCAAAGAAGUUGCCACGGUCAUUGCCUUCUUGCUGAGCGAUGAUGCGAGCUUUGUGACGGGAUCAACAUAUAAAGUGGAUGGGGGAUGGACUGCUUAGAGAGCCUUCGUUCCACU